CUGAGGGGGCAGUCAUCUUCUUCACACUUCCAUUGUAGAGAGAGAGAGAGAGGGAGAGAGGCGGAAUCGGGUCGGGUAGCAUUUUCCGGUUAGAAUGGCUCCGAAAGUUGCAGUUUUCACAGACACAAACCUGGGAACCCACAUCGCCGUCCAAGUCUCUGAAGACAUUAGAGCCGCCGAUUUCAAGAGAGAGCUGAAGAAAGCCCAUUUCAAUUGUUUCCCCAAACAUGGAAUCAUCAACAUACUCUCAUUGAUGGUGAAGCACAAAUCGUUUUUCUACCAUCUCCCAGAUUCAUUGCUUCUGAGAGACGUUUUUCGUCACAUUAAAGGAUCAUGGUAUAUCUCUGUAAAUGCCCGUUCUUGCUCCAACAACCCUCUUUCAAGAAAAAUUAAAUGGAUGAGAUUUCAAACCCUCAAGACUAAGAAGAAGAAGAAGAAGAAGAGAAUCACAGUUGAAGAUGAUCGAAUAGAAAACUGUGUUGUUGUAUCAGAAAAUGAAUCAGUUUCAGGCAUCAUUAAGAAGUACUUUUCAGAUUACAAUGAUACGGAAAGCCAAAACUCUGAUUUGAGAUUCAAACAACAUUGCAAAUAUAGAACACCACCGCCACCAAGAAAGGUUAUUUCUUCAAAGGAAGAAGAAGAAGGUGGUUUCAUUGGAAAAGGAAUUGGAAAACGUCUUCUUUCUGCUUCAAGUGAUCUUAGGACCCAACAAAAGAGAAAAUCAUUUGGGUCCAAUUCCAAAGUCAGAAACUUAGUAUUUGAAAUUAGUGAUCAUGAAGAUGAUUAAUCAAAAUCCCAUCCUGUUGUAUAUUAUUAUUAUUAUUAAAUUUUCAGUUGUAGCAUUUUAUAUGUUAAUUAAUCCAGUCCUGUAGUUACAUUUUGAUAAUUUACUAUUUUUGCGAAUGGAAGGAAAUGAUCGGUUUGAGUUUAUGAAAUUGUUAAGCGGUGGUAGAGAAA